UUUACUGAAAUAAAUCUUUUUAUAUUUUUUAAUCCACACUGGUCUCUCAAAAUCCAAUCAAUACAUCUCCUUCGGCCGUGUAUAAUUGUAUAUAUAGGAAAUGAUGAGCUGUGGCGGAGUUGCUUUCUCACGAGUAUUCAGCACUAAUAACAAGGCCACCACUUUGUAUCCGACAAGCAGGAUAAAGAAGCAAAUUUUCAUAAGCUGCUCAGCUCCAGAAAUGCACGCCCACAACUCAUUCAACUUCGACUUUCUUACCAAGAAAACGUAUGAUCCACCUUCCUGGGCUACUCACCUUCAUCCGAUCCCCUCUCACACCUACUCUCUUGGACAUUUUCCCACGCCAAUUCAUAGAUGGAACUUGCCUAAUUUGCCCAAGAAUACUGAAGUUUGGUUAAAGCGUGAUGAUCUUUCAGGAAUGCAAUUGAGUGGUAACAAGGUCCGGAAACUUGAAUUUUUGUUAGCAGAUGCUGUGGCACAAGGGGCAGACUGUAUUGUAACUAUAGGAGGCAUCCAGAGCAAUCAUUGCCGUGCAACUGCGGUGGCUGCUAAGUAUUUAAAUCUCGACUGCUAUCUUAUACUACGCACUUCUAAGGUUCUUUUAGACAAGGACCCUGGUUUGACAGGAAAUCUUUUGGUAGAAAGAUUAGUUGGUGCACAUGUUGAUCUUGUGUCAAAGGAAGAGUAUUCCAAAGUUGGGAGUGUGGCUCUUACUAAUUUAUUGAAAGAAAAGCUGUUAAAAGAAGGGAGAAAACCAUAUGUCAUCCCGGUUGGUGGGUCAAAUUCUCUUGGAACAUGGGGAUAUAUUGAAGCAAUUAGGGAGAUUGAGAUGCAGCUUCAACAAAGUGCUAGCAGUGUAGGGUUUGAUGACAUAGUUGUAGCCUGUGGCAGUGGAGGUACAAUUGCUGGUUUGUCGAUUGCAUCAUGGUUAAGUGAACUCAAAGCAAAAGUCCAUGCUUUCUGUGUAUGUGAUGACCCUGAAUACUUCUAUGAUUAUGCCCAAGGCCUACUUGAUGGACUCCAAGCUGGUGUUAAGUCACGUGAUAUAGUCAACGUUGAGAAUGCCAAAGGAGUUGGCUAUGCUCUGAGCACAAGCGAGGAGCUUAAAUUUGUCAAAGAAGUUGCCGAGGCCACUGGUGUUAUACUUGACCCUGUUUACAGUGGAAAAGCGGCUUACGGAAUGAUGAAGGAGAUGACUAAGAAUCCAACCAACUGGGAGGGAAGAAGGGUCCUAUUCAUUCACACUGGUGGACUCCUUGGUCUGUUUGACAAGACUGAUGAGAUGGCAGCACUUGUUGGAAAAUGGCGAACUAUGGAUGUACAUGAAUCUGUGCCACGAGAGGAUGGCACUGGGAAAAUGUUUUAAUGGCGAACUAAGCAACAUAUCUUAUGUCUGAAAUUGUUUCGCUGGAUCAGUCAAUGUCUAGCAUAUUUAUUGGUGCUGUGUAGUCCCUGCCUGUCAGCCAAUAUGCAUUGCUGGGUUGAGUUUGAGCUCCCUGUGUUCCAGAAUAAUUAUUAAAGUUGCAAAAUUUAUUUCCGAAUGAUCAGUUAUGUAAUGGGAAAGGUAUAUUUCGAGCUCAGAUCAUCUUAUGAAUGGCUAGAAUGCAUUGGAGUCUUUUGUAAGCAAGUGAAUAUAUUCAAAUGAAUUCUUUAUAUGAGUAAAACAAAUAAAUACUUUCUAAA